CAGCGGAGGGAUCCGUGGUGCUGCGGUCGCAGGAGCCUCCCGCCGUCACCGGAGCGCCAUGGCUGACCAGCUCACCGAGGAGCAGAUCGCAGAGUUCAAGGAGGCGUUCUCGCUCUUCGACAAGGACGGGGACGGCACCAUCACCACCAAGGAGCUGGGCACCGUCAUGCGCUCGCUCGGCCAGAACCCCACCGAGGCCGAGCUCCAGGACAUGAUCAACGAGGUGGACGCCGACGGUAACGGCACCAUCGACUUCCCCGAGUUCCUCACCAUGAUGGCGAGGAAGAUGAAGGACACGGACAGUGAGGAGGAGAUCCGCGAGGCUUUCCGCGUCUUCGACAAGGACGGGAACGGGUACAUCAGCGCGGCGGAGCUGCGGCACGUGAUGACCAACCUGGGGGAGAAGCUGACGGACGAAGAGGUGGACGAGAUGAUCCGAGAGGCCGACAUCGACGGCGACGGGCAGGUCAACUACGAGGAGUUCGUGCAGAUGAUGACGGCGAAGUGAGGGGGCACGAGGCCACUGGGACACCCCCCGCCCCGCUGCCACCGCCUGUCCCUGCCACUGAGAGGUCCCUGGGUCCCCCCCUGCACCCCAAAACCACCAUUCGGGGGCACCCAUGGGGGGGUCUGGGAGGGGGGGGGGGCGGUACGGAUGCCACCAGGAUGGAGGGACCCCAAAUCCUCCAUAGGGGCAUUGGGGGGGGGGUAUAGGGGGACCCCAUUUCCCUAUAGGGGGUUUGGGGGGGUCCAGAGCAGAUUCAGGGUCCCCCUCCCCAGGACACAGAGAGACACCACCCCCCCCUCCCCCCAGAACAUUUUGGGGCAUUUCAGUGGGAUUUGGGGGCUCAGGAGGGUUGGGGAUCCCUUGGAGGGGGAGGGACUGGGACCAGGCCCUGGUUUUGGGGUGUUUUGGGGCAUUUUGGGGCAAUUUGAGG